CCUCCCCUUCCCUCCCCUCCCCCCUCCCGGCGUCGGCGCGGCCGCGUCCCCAUGGCCUUCGCCCCGGAGGAUCCAAUUUUGGAGCGUUAUUUCAAAGGCCAUAAAGCUGCAGUGACCAGUGUGGAUUUCAGCCCCAAUGGCAAACGACUUGCCAGUGCCUCUUGGGAUACCUUUCUCAUGCUAUGGGAUUUCAAGCCACAGCCUAAAGCUCUCCGCUAUGUGGGUCACAAGGAUGUUGUGACCAGUGUACAGUUUUCACCACUUGGAAACUUAGUGGCGUCUGCCUCCCGAGACAGGACCGUUAGACUAUGGAUUCCUGAUAGGAAAGGGAAGUCUUCGGAGUUCAAGGCGCAUACUGCCCCUGUGCGAAGCGUAGACUUCUCCUGUGAUGGCCAGUUUCUUGCUACAGCUUCUGAGGACAAAUCAAUCAAAGUUUGGAAUAUGUAUCGGCAGCGCUUCCUGUAUUCCUUGUAUCGGCACACACACUGGGUGUGCUGCGCCAGAUUUUCAGCUGAUGGAAGACUAAUAGUGUCAUGUAGUGAGGAUAAGACCGUUAAAAUCUGGGAUACAACAAAUAAACUGUGCAUUAAUAGCUUUACAGACUCCGAAGGGUUUGCGAACUUUGUGUCUUUUAACCCCAGUGGUACGUGCAUAGCUUCAGCAGGUUCUGAUCAUACAGUGAAACUCUGGGAUAUAAGAGUAAACAAGUUACUUCAGAAUUACCAAGUUCACAGUAGUGGAGUCAACUGUUUGUCAUUCCAUCCUUCGGGUAACUAUCUCAUCACUGCCUCAUCCGAUGGCACUCUUAAAAUCUUGGAUCUCGUCGAAGGAAGACUCAUCUAUACGCUUCAAGGACACACGGGACCCGUCUUUGCCAUUUCCUUUUCAAAAGAUGGCCAGCAGUUCACAUCUGGAGGUGCUGAUGCCCAGAUUUUAUUGUGGAAGACAAAUUUCGAUGAGAUGAAUUAUAAAGAUCUUCUGAAAAAAAACAUCAAAAGGUUGCAUUUUGAUGCCCCACCUCAUCUUCUUGAUAUCUACCCAAGAACCUCUCAUCACCAUGGUAGAAAACCUGAAUCAAUUGAGAUUAAUCCCAAGCUUGAAGUGGUAAAUUUACAGACUUCUGACCCUCUUGUUGUGGAUAUUCUUUCUUCCGAAUCCUCAAAUACAACGGGAAUCCCAACUGCUAACGAAACGCCGCCAGACUACAGCAGUCCCCACUUCUUGAACCCUGCGUUAGCACCUUCUUCAUCAAUAAGCUCCACCGUAACCAUGGAGAAGAAACUGGAAGACAAGGGCAUCAACUCUUUCACCUCUGCUGAUGGCCAGAAGAGCAUCCCCUUGGCCAUAACCUAUGCCUUGGAACACAUCAUGGAACAGCUGAAUGUCUUAACCCAGACUGUCUCUAUUCUGGAGCAGCGACUGACAUUGACCGAGGAUAAACUGAAAGACUGCCUAGAAAAUCAACAGAAGGUUUUCAACAGAGAACAGAGAAGCUGAACAGAAAGUUUGAGUAGACAGGCCGACGAACACCUGUUUUUAUAGGAUCUUAGAAAGGUAAUAGGCAAUACUUCCUGUACUUCAACAACAAGCAGACAAACCAUCACAGCAUUUCGUAAGUCUGAGCACCAGAGCAAAACCAAACCAACAGAAAAACAAAAACCCACAUACAAGGACUAAUGGCAACAUCAUCAGGGAUGGCAGUUGAGGCUAAUUGAAAAUACUGACAUCUGGAAUUUUUUGUUUCUGCUCACAGUUACCUAGUGUGUAAGUGAGUAUGACUUUCCCCCUUUGUUAAUCAAAAUGACAGUUCUCAUUUAGAGCUAGAUCCUGCCAGGUUAGGAGCCCACUCUCUGGACGUAAAUUAGCCACGCCACAUCAGAUGUAACUCCUUUAAGCAUCGAAUGGGGUUCUGUAGAGAGCAGAGCUGAAGGACCCAUUGGCCUCCAGAAAGACAUAAGAAAGCCAGGGAGUAGGUUAUUUAUGCCUGGUUCCGUAUGCCAUUACCCGUUCCAUUGAGGCUUUUAUUAAAAAUAAAGCUUCCUUUCUUAAUAAUGCCUUGAAAACACAAUCUAAAAAGGAUGAGACACUGAGAAUUUCCCCAACAAGCUAACAUCUAAGAGUAUACAUGACUUCUGAGUAACAAAGUUGCGCACAAUGGGUUUUUAUUUGCAUUUGUUUUCCACUGUUUCGCUGGUGGUCAGCCCCCUCCCUCCGAGGGGGAAUAGCUGUCAUUUAGGACAGUGAAUAGGUAUGGAAAUCUAGAGGCACAGACUUCUUUCCUUUGAAAGAUGAACACACUGCACCAAUGGCCGGAAGCAACAGUUCCUAAAGAUUAUGUUAAUGUGAUUUCAGGAUGCUCGAGGGGCAAAAGGGAGCGAGAGGGAUAAACUACAUUGCAAUAUUACUGGUGAAGAAGGGUGCCUUCUGGCUGCUGAAGAGCAAAGCCCUUUUAAAAAAAAUUACCCCGCAGCAUCGUCAUCAUCUAAUGAUUUUGUCACGACUGGUGGUUGAAAAACACAAUAAAAAUGAGCCGAGCCUUUCUAAAGAAUCUUGAUUUCAGAUUGAGUUUUGUUUUGUUUUGUCUUUUUUCCUAAAACAAGGUUUAAGAUCAAAGUGAAGAAAACCAGGUGAAUUAGUGAAGCAAAUGGGAUUUUUACAGUCAUAUGUUAGCUGGUGUAUUUGGUCACAGUUAUCACAUUGACCAUAUGUAAUCUGCAGGUUCCGUUUAUCUGUAUCAAGACCAAAGGGAACAUUAAAAAAAAAUUUUUCAUAUUUACAGUGUCUGCAAGUGACUAGGGAAGGGGGCUAGACUUUUUUUUUAAUGAAGUCCUUUGUUAUGUGUGCAUAUGUAUACAUGUAUAUUCAGUAUUCCCACACCUUAAUUUUAUUUUAUCUGUGAGGUCAAACACUGAGUUUCUGGUCUAUUCAUAGGGUGCUAGUACCUUUAUAUCAAACGUGGUUUGAAUUUUUUACAAAUUUCCAAAUGCUUACAAAGAUUAAAUGGUUUUUUUUAAAUAACCUCCUUGGAAAAAAACAAUUUCUGUUUAGUUCUCCACUCUGUUCUUCAAAUAAUAAAGACUAUUUCUAUAACAA